UGUUGGAACUUAAUUGUUUAUUUUGCUUAAUUGAGGAUGAUUGUGAUCCAGAAUGUGGGACCCAGUUCCCUAGUAAGGAUUAGGAGACUAUGGACGAAAAGGAUUCUGUGGGGUGUCCUCUUUGGGCUGAUGGUCCUUAUCUAUGGCUCUCAUGCACCGCUCAUCACUCUCACCAAGGUAGAUGGUCAAGUCCCUUUCAACCCCUCAUCAUGUGUUGUCAUGAUUGAGUUAUCCAAACUCUUGAUUUCUGUGGCGACUCUUGUUCUAACAGGGGGUACAUCCGCCUUACGUGCUCCUCCACCUCUAGGCCGCGUGGCCCCCUAUGCAGUCCCUGCCGUACUCUACGCCUUCAACAACAACCUGGUAGUUCUCAUGCAGGCCUACAUGGACCCAAGCUCAUACCAAGUCCUUUCUAACCUGAAAAUUGCCUCCACGGCCCUGCUGUACUCCCUCUGCCUAGGCAAGAGGCUCCGGCCUUCUCAGUGGUUAGCUCUGGGGCUCCUCAUGGGUGCAGGGGUGUGCCACAGCUACAGCAGCCUGGAUCUAGGGGACCGUGAGAGGGCUGAAGCUGAGGAAGGUCCCAGGCUUUAUAUCACAGCUUGGGGGCUUUUCCUUGUGCUGGUGUACUGCUGUGUUUCAGGGCUGGCAGCAGUUUAUACAGAGAGGGUGCUGAAGAGCCAGAAGCUGCCCCUCAGCUUGCAGAAUUUCUACCUCUAUGGGUUUGGUGUGGCCAUCAACGGGCUCUCAUCGUUCUCCUUUGUAGCAGGCGAAAAGAGCUUUCUGGAGGGUUACUCUGGGGUGGUUUGGGCCAUUAUAGCAGGGCAGGCAGCUAACGGACUCCUGAUGUCUGUGGUGCUCAAGCACGGCAGUGGAAUCACUAGACUGUUUGUCAUUUCCUGCUCCAUGCUGGUUAAUGCUCUGUUGUCUUGGGCCAUCUUAGGGCUGCAGCUCACACCGAUUUUCCUCCUAUCUGUGUCUAUGAUUGGACUGGCAGCUUACCUUUACUACAGAUAGUAAAUAACUGAACCACAAGGCCCUUUGAACUCAUUACAGUCUACCUGUUCUUCUGUUUCCUAGUUUCUUUUUGGUUUUUUUGAUGUAAUUUCUUUUCUGCCUUAUCUAUCUGCCUUAGGAAAUCCAGAAUCCAACAUAUUUUGAUUUGUAACCGUAUUAUGUGUAAACAUUUAUGUCAGCGGAAGCCUAAUUUGACAAUUUACAUAAUAUUUUAGAAUUUAAUAUAUAAUUAUGUUACACUGAUGCAAGUUAAUUCUAAUAAUAAUGCAAAUCAGGAUUAGUUAUAUCUUGACUUCAACAUUUCUGAAGACUGCUGCUAUUGUCGUUUUGUUUUGUAUUUCAUUCUCUGCCAAGAACAAUGUCCAAGAUAAUGUCAGUGUUGUAAAGUGUGUUAAUAAUUAGCAAUAAAUUGACAAAACAUUUUA